GAGUCGAUCACACGUGUUUUCAAAUUUGAACUAUCAGUAUUUCAGACGGUCAACUGUGUCCGAACUAUAUAAAAAUGACGCUAGAGCUUACGGAAAAGGAUAUAGACGAGAUACCCAGUCAGUGGCUGGAAACUAUUGUGCACUAUAUAACGGGUUUUCGAAAUGACACGAUUGACUUUUCUCGGCCACAUUUGCGCCCCUCGAUCGUCAAGAUCUACCCUCUUUUUGUGCUCAUGUACGCCGCGCUGAUAAUCAUAGGAACGUUAGCGAACUUCGCUAUGGUGUAUCACAUCAUGAAGUACCGUCUCUACAGAGAUCCGACUUACGCGUUUCUCAUUAACAUUGCCAUAGCGGACUUGAUUAAGUGCAUUUUCGUGCUACCAAUAUCGCUGACAGUGAUGCUCGUUCAGAACUGGAUCUUCGGGAAGUUUCUCUGCUUCUUUUUGCCGAUGCUGCAGGAUAUUCCUCUUCACGUCUCGAUGAUCACUUACCUCCUGAUCGCAUGGGAUCGUUUCCGGAUGUUGAGCGAUCCGGUAAAACCGAGAAUUCCAGCAUUCGUAUGCGCCUUGGGGACGUGGUUUUUCGCUGUAUGCAUUGUCCUGCCUUAUCCGAUCUACACAACUUACCUGGAUCUAGGGAGAUACAUGAAGAGGCAAUUUGACGGCGUUGGGAUUUGCGCCGCCAACCUUGCUGACGAUAUGCAAGAGUAUAUGCGAGGCCUCUUCAUUGGCACAUACGUCGCUCCGUUGACGAUCACCACCUACCUCUACGUAAAGGCGAGCAGAGAACUCCAGACGCAGGAAGGCCCCUUGGCCGUGGCCAUGUACGAGGCAAGAGCCAGGGAUUCGUAUUCAAGGCACGGCAGUCGAGCCAGCACCGACAUCACAACCGGACGUGACGGCAAACGAGAGAGUGGAAGCGUUGUCACUGGAAGUGCUGUGGUCGGAUUCUCUGGACUCUCUGGAGGAUACGAUCUCUACGACGCGGAGCUGGACGUGCGAAAGGAAAAGCGGACCCAGAAAUACCUCGUCUUCAUGGUCGCCGUCUUUGCCAUCUGUUUGUGUCCUCUCAUGGUGCUGAGGCUUGCCAAACUCGCACUGGUAGAGACUUACGAAAACAGCGGCCACUUCGAUAUUACUUUUACAAUGUUCGUCUGGGUUGCCUUUGUUCCGAUAGUCACGACCCCCGGAUUCUACGCCUCCUGGCAGAUGAGCAGACCGGCAAAAGAACGGCUCCGUGGGUACUUCCGGUUUUCGAAUCGUCGUUUGCCCAGACCCUGCGAAGAUGGUGUCCGAAUGGCUUCCAGGCAAAUGCCGUGUCCCCCAGCUGGACUGAUGAACGUUGCCUACACUCACCAUGCCGGAACCGAAAGCGUAAACGGAAGUAACGGAGGCGGCGGCAGUUCGCGAGGAAGUGCGAACUUGCACAGCCCCGAUUUAGUGUCCAACAGCACGCAUCGAGCAAGUUUAAUGCAGUGAAUAAGGUUCCGAUGAUUGAAUUUUUCUUAUAUUUUAUCUACGGGGCCGCAACGAUUAGAGCGAAGCAUUUCACGCUGGAAUUUCUUCAUCUUAUCGCCAAUGAAAUGCAAGAUCUAGGGAUUUUCAAGCUUUUCCAAUCACUGGUAAAUCGUUGUUUAGGAAAACG